AAUGGCUCCAUCAAAAUCACCAAAAGCAGAAGCAAAAAAAACAGUUAAGACUGUUAAAACCAAAAAAACUACAGAUGACAAGAAGAAGUCUAGAAGAAGAUAAGAAACUUUUGCAUUAUAUAUCUACAAAGUUUUAAGAUAAGUUCACCCAGAAAUUGGUGUUUCUAGAAAGGCUAUGAACAUCAUGAAUUCAUUCAUUAAUGAUAUUUUUGACAGAAUUGCUCUUGAAGCCAGCAAAUUAGUCAGAUUUAAUAAGAGAAGAACCCUUAGCUCAAGAGAAAUCUAAACUGCUGUCAAAUUAUUACUUCCAGGAGAAUUGGCCAGACAUGCUAUCUCAGAAGGAACCAAAGCAGUGACCAAAUAUACAAGUGGAUGAU